UUAAGGAGGCACUGGUAACUUUUAAUCAUGACUUUCGCCAUGCUGCGGCCCGUGGCGACGCACUUGAUCUACUCGGACUUCACGGUUACCAACUCCGAGGACGAAGAGAACCGCAGCGAGAGCGACGGCAGCUCGGAGCAGAGCUACUGCGGCUCCACGGAGAAACGGAGGCGCAUCUCCCGCAAGCUGGAGGGCGACUCCGCGGUGGUGAUGAAGCAGCGGAGCGCGGCCAACGCCAGGGAGAGGGGCCGGACCCAGAGCGUCAACACGGCGUUCACGGCCCUCCGGACUCUCAUUCCCACCGAGCCGGUGGACAGGAAGCUCUCCAAGAUCGAAACGCUCCGACUGGCGUCCAGCUACAUCUCCCACCUGGCCAACGUGCUUCUGAUCGGGGACGCCGGCGCAGAGGGACAGCCGUGCCUCGGAGCGGUCCAUGCGCAGGGCGAGGGCGCGGGGAAGCAGCCGCGCACCAUCUGCACCUUCUGCUUGAGCAACCAGAGGAAAGGGAUUAAAGAUGGGAAAGACUGUUUGAAAAUGCGAGGACUCGGUCCGCUGCGAGUGAGGCGCUGACCGGAUGGAUCGUUUGCAACCUGAAAACCCUCAAGACUUUCUCAGGGAAAGAGCUGAAACUGGUGCAACAAAGAGCGCUCGCUCUCACGUACCUGUACACACAUGCUGGAUUAAAAGGUGGCACCAAAGAAGAGACUAUUUAUACUUGACUGAGACCUCCGAGACUGUAAGACGUUCAAACAUGCAGUGCAUUUGUUUGAAUCUCAAUGGUCUUGUCUUUUUUUUUUUUAUUUGGAAGAUGGUUUAAAUAAAAUAUAU